AUGUCAUUAAAGAUAUAUUGGGAGAGGAUCAAUGAGAAGCAAUCGAUAAAGGCAAAGGACUACCUGAAUAGGAUCUUUGCCUCUAUCAACAAACCAGAUAUCAUCGGUCGCUUUGAGAUCACAAGUCUAUCACUGGGGUCAAAGCCUCCUAGCUUCGAGAUCAUUAGCAUUGCAGACCCAGACCCAAACAUCGUCACUCCUAUAAGACCAAGCAACAGUAUCGAGGCACGAGUCCGAUUCUCAUACGAUGGCGAUGCACACUUUAUGCUAGAAGCUGAGCUUCUUGUCAACGCACCAACGCCCAAGUUCAUCAUCUUCCCCAUCUCAAUCAAAGUAUCAAGCCCUCACAUAUCAGGCAUUGCAUCUGUAAUAUAUGAUGAAGAGAAUGUAUGUUUCUGUCUUUUACCAUCUGGGAAUAUAGAGGACGAUCAGAAGGGUCCAAUCAAAGAUCUAAAGGUGGAGGCACAGCUUGGUGAUGCAUCUCAACAUGUACUCAAUGAUUUGGAUAAGCUCAUCAACUUUGUUACAGACGAACUGCGAGAGAUCAUUAGACAACGACUAGUAUACCCAAACAGAAUCAACAUACCUAUUAAAGAUAAUACUAUGGUGUAA